CUUUCCCAUCUCCACGCCAAACCGUCCAGGUCGGGCUUUCCCUUAGGUACGGGGCUCCUUCUCGUUGGUCCUGAGAUGUGGUCGAGCAGGCCCGGAUUCACUACCGCUGCCAGGGAGCUCGUUGCGCCCUGAAUUAACCGGCAUUAUGUCCAGCUGGGUGGCGUUGAAUAUUGAACCAGACGAGGCGGUCGAAGAGGAGGUCGAUGACACCAAGGAAAUCCAGAUCGAAGAGGCCCUGAAGCUUUAUCAAAAUGCCUUGAAGCUUCAUUCUCAGGGUCCGCAGUUCUAUGCUCAAGCCGCGGAAGCAUAUGAUGCUCUACUGGAAUCCGAAAUAUUCAAAUAUCCAGAGUCAAUUUCCGACUAUAAGCGAAAUGCCUUCCAGGAUCCCGAACUCCAGUAUGAUGACGCGGCAGGUGCUGGUGCGGCACAAGCCCUCGCGGAGUUUGAUAUCAGUGACUCCACUUCGAGCACUUUGAUGCAAACUAUCUACCUGUCUUAUAAGAACCAUGGGCAGUACGUCCUGGAUGCGUUGCGCGCAUCCCUACAGGGCGCUUCCAAGUCACCUGGUGCUGGAGAAUCUCAGACGCAAGUCACCGAAAAAACAAGUGCAGCUUUGACGUCGUUCGCAGAGGCCCUGGAGCGCGACGACUCGGAUCUGAACCUCUGGAGACAGAGCGCAAGACUUUGUAGUGCUUUGCAAAGCUACCGACUAACACGAUACUGUCUCGAAAGCGUACUUGCAGACGACGACAACCGCCUAGAGGUUCGGACAGAGCAGUUAGGACUAGAAGAGACCUUUGCCGAGGAGCGCCUGCGCGGGGUGCUACGAUCGCUGCUUGAUAGACUCUCCUUGGCUCAGGUCCCAUUGAAAAAGCCAAAGAGGGCUCUUCUCAAAUUCCUGCAACGCCAGGCAGAUCCUUAUCCUUACCUCCCCAUUCUUCCAUUGGAUCUAGAGGACACGAAUCCGUCGAAGAACCCUCUGGCUUUACGGGGAUCUCGUCAUGAGAUCAAGCCUGUGAGCCCCACAUGGGCAGCUGUCGGCAAGUCCAUACUCCAAAGGCUUGUUGAAGAAGACCUAGGUGCUUCGGAGACUAGGCCCGGAACUUCGAUCGGUAUAUCUUUGCCAGCUCUUAGUCCUGAGAUGAGGGCUAUAGGAUCUCAACGUCGAGCCUCGAAUACACUGGUAAACGAUAUCAAAUCGAGUCAACAGCAGGAUGUUACCAUGUCUGAAGAAACCCAACCGACUGUGAAGUCCGAAUGUCCCGAUGCCGUUGUGGAGCAAAUCGAUGACCAUUCAUCUAUCGACCAGCGCGCCGAAAAGCAGCUCAUGGAAUCGCUAGAGAUCCAGUCGACUCAGCCCCACAAUCCCGGUAAUCAACAGGAAACUGCAAAUGCUGAAGAGGCGGAUUUGAAGCCGCAUCUGAGUGGACGAAAACGAUCGUCUGCUUCGGCUGUAACGGAGGACCAGGCAGACCGUAUACGAGCGAAAGCGAGGAGAACCCGUCUUCGUGAAGCUACUGAGGAUGUUUCAUUUCAAGCCGAAGAGGUCACUCUUGAUUUGAACAAGUACUAUGAGGACCGUCUUGAAGGGUUUACUCAAGCCGACGAAUGGUUAUUUGGUACUGCGGGUUCUUUGCUAUCGAAGCUUGGGGUGGAAGAUUUGGGAGUCAUCGAUGAUUUGAGAAAGCAAGUUUGCUCUACCAACGAAAGCAAUGACUCCGCAAAUGCCAUUCCUCCUGGGGACACAGGACACCUGCUAGCCCGGGAUCUAAUGGAUAUUAUGAGAAAUUGGGACGAAGCUAAAUCACAAGUCAUGCACCAGCCGGAUAACCUUUCCACACUUCAGGAUAUUCGAGGUAUGGGUAAAUCUGGACUUGCGAUUUUCCUAGAACACUCUAGGAAGUCGACCAGAAAAUUAGGCAUGAAGCAGGUCCUCUCCGGAGAAGAUGAACUAUACAUGUUCCUCAGGACGGUAAAUAAUGGAUGGUUUCAUGUGCAUGAAGUCUCCCUUUGCUGGCUUAAAACGCUUCUAAUGCCGGACUUUGCGAGAUGUGCGACCGAUGACAUGGUACCCCCGGACUGGCCGGUCCUGGAGUCGGCGUAUACUCUUUACCAGUGGCCGGAUGCCUUGAAAGAAACAGUGGUGCAACUUCUACUGCGUGAAGACGAACACAUCUACAAGCACAUGCGCGAACAGAUCGAUGAGCUUGAGAACCGGAUUCUGUCCAGUGGUUCCGAGACCCCGUUCACAUACACCCUUCAACACUUCGCGGAGCUGGAGAUGCUUCAAACACUAUUCGAGCUGCAUCUCGACAUAUAUGCAUCCAUCAAUAAUCCAAAUAGUGAGGUGGACGGCCGGACCAGACUUAUGCAGCGAGAUCGUUUGGAAAGAUGGUGCUUACUCGCACGAACAUCGCUUACUCACUUCCUCGACUACAGCUCUCCUAGCAGUGCCCGAGAAAGAGUCGUUUUUCGUCACAUUUGGGCAUCCACGUUCCAUUCCAACAUGGCUAGAGAUAUCCAGAGAGAGCACGUACUGCUUUGUCUCCAAGAACUGAAGUUUUUCUUGGCAUCGCUUAAAAAUCCAGUGAUCAGCCUUGUGAACAAUGCAGUCAUGCCGGAGCUGUCUUCGGAGGCUGUUGACCAAGAGAUCUCGAAGUUGAAGUCGAUGGACUUCUUUAUGAGAAUCUUUAACCCGACGUCCGAUGAUCCUGUCGGCCUAAUCGAAACCAUUGAGCCUAUCCUGGAACCUUCCUCUGUUCAAUUCGUACAGGAAGGUCUCGAUGAAGAAGAAUCCGAACAAUCGGCUUCGCAGCUCCGCGAAAUGGGCUCUUUCUUGGAUCGCGGAGAUGCCAGCCUGAGACUUUUCCUCUGGAGGAGGCUGCAAGAUGCGUACAAAAAGAUCGAGUAUCCCCCCAAGGUAGUUUCUUGCUAUCUGCGCAGUAUCGAAACAAUCUUGAGAGAACUCCAGAGUCCAGCACAUCUCGAGGAACCCAAUGAACACCGACAAAUCACCCUGCUCAGGUGGCUGAAAUCACUUGACAGUAUCUUGAACAAGGCUGUUACAACCAUCUUGCACGAAUCCGACAAAGCAUACGAAUGCUUUGACAUGGAGCAUCUAAAGUCGUCUAUGUCCGCAGUGGCUCACCUGACAAAACUUCUGCAUAGCUUUGCAUUGUACGAGGAUUUGGUUCGUGUGGGAAAACUCUCAGGCCCGGAUCUCCGAGGGGCAUUGGCGAAAUCCCUGGAAAGCCUCAAGGACAAGCUACGUGAGAUGCAGGUCCGUUGCUGGAUCCUGCAAUACACGCUAAUAAAAGAAGCCAUCACUCAGAAUCAGGAGGCUUUCGACACCCCUUUGGAAGAUCGUAUACAUUAUUUACGAUCCGUUCAUAAUGCACUCGGUAUUCGCAGGAUGUGCCGAUUCUCUCACAAGCAAUUCCUCAAACUGGUCAGGUCCGAAAUUUUCACUCUAGAUGUGAAACAGGACGUCGAGCUGGAUAUCUGUCAGAUCCUGUACGACAUCUACGGUAUCAAGCUGUCGCCGGUCGACGGUCUAUUAUAUGACCAUGGAUGUCCUCCCGAGAAGCUUGAUCGUUCCACAGCUAUCGUCAUGGUGGACUUUGUCAUGAGGCAGGCUAAGAAGAUGAACAUCAAAGACCUGUCAAAGUCAGAGCUCAAAUCUACCAUUGACAAGAUGCAGCAGGCCAUCGGUACUACAAAGUCGUCACCUCCGCUAUCAUACAACAAGCGGAUCAUCACGGCAUAUCUGAAGUCUCCAAUCAACCCUUCGGGGAUUUUUCGUGCCAUUCAGGGCGUUGCAGACCUCCCAUUGAUCCCCGUACCUGCUGAAAGUGCGGUUAUCGCUCGGAACGGCUGGUAUUUCCUUCUGGGCCAUGCGGCUUUGACCAAGUUCCGCUCCCAGAAGCGCCUGAACCCUGUACCGACUACGGAUCUUGAUGAUGCCAUCACAUGGUUUAGACAAGAUUUGGAACAUGGAACAUCAAGAUGGGAGACCUGGUACCGACUUGCUCAGACGUAUGACUCAAAGCUAGAGGAAGACAUUACCUGGUCCGCCGACAAGAUCAAUAACAAUCGGAUGGAGCUGGUCACUUGGCAGCGCAACGCAAUCCACUGCUAUUCCAUGGCCAUUGCAACGGCGAUCAAACAUUCAGCCCCAACUCUCGAGACUCGCGCCAUGCUUUCGGAUCUGUUCACGGAUUUCGGUAUUCGCCUAUACUCCUCUUCCCGUGCGCCACUUUCAAUGGGGGCCUUCAGCCUAGCUGAUUUCACGCGGCACUUCAGCAACAAGGAAAGCCAGCGGAUGUAUGAGGGAAGGCCCUUCAAAGAGAUGAAGCUAUACUCUGUCUGGAAUCUUGCAAGCUAUCUACUUAGGCGUGCCCUUGUUGACAAACCCAAGAACUGGAUGACCCAUUACAUGCUGAGCAAAUGUCUGUGGAAGAUGUACAGCUGUGAUGAAUCUGUCAGAGGUGCUUUCAAACGAAUCGAUGUUGACGUUGUCCUGGACUCGCUGCUCGAUGCCAUUGAUGCGCUUCCGCAACGGAAGGACUCUCGCUCGGAUCCUAUUUUUGAACCUCAUUAUAAGCUGGUCUCCAUAGUGCAUAAGCUUGUGCAUCGCGGCGAUUUAACGGCUGCUGAGGGGAGCAAAACGCUCCUAGCAACUCCCUGGGCUCGCAAAGUGCAACCCCCAGAAGACCAGACAGCUUGGAAGAGAUACAUCCUUGAUGUGCUUCGAAACCUGAAGAGUGCGGAUAAGUCGAAUUGGCAUCAUCGUAUGGCUGUCAGGGCUGCACACGUCAUUUACGAUGAUGACAAGGACUCCGCAGCGGCAGCGGCAGCCGCGAAGAACGAGCUUACCCAACAAAUAUUCACCAAGACAAUGACAAUCCAGGUCUGGAGGCCUGAGUUUGAGCGCCCUGGUCGACAUUUCGUCUACACCACCCGCUAUGCAUACUUCUUUGUCAGUCUUCUCGACCAGCUUGAUGAUCGAGUCAACCUCGACCAAUUACUGCGCCGAGUCCGGAAGAAGCAGGGAGACUUUAUCAAUCACGGCAAGCUCUGGGAAGAUGCCUCCCUCACCUAUGCCAGGGUGAUUAGAAGAGCUGGCCAUAUUAGCGAGGGACAUGAAGAGGGUGUCUUCAAGCCCAUUGGCUGGGAAGAAUUCGUCGCCAACACGGCCCGCCUAGAAGGACUUUUGCAACUAGCGCUUGAUAGUCCAUCUCUUCUCGAACUGCUUCGAGACGCCAUCGAGCUGAAAAAGCUGAACAAUAAUCUGAUGAAGGUCGCGCUACUCGAAGAUCUCAUUGCCGAUCUCUAUGCCCGGCUGUAUGAAAUUAACAUGCCGCAAGUUAUCGAACAGGCCAACGAGGAAAACAAGGAGAAGAUGAAGGUCGAUCACCUUUUGAUGGGCAGUGACGGCGCCGCCGACACCCCUACUCCUCCGACCUCGGCCCCAGCGUCCGAGGCGCCCGCCCCCCGCGGCCGUACAAAGGGCAUCGCACGACGCGAUGUCCAAAAGCGAGCCGAGACCAUCGUCAACCGUAAAGUCGCCCCGCGCGUACUCACCGCCAAGGCCCCUGCCAGUACAGAAGCCGAACAAGCCAACACUUCCGAGGCUGCUCCAACUUCCGCUCCCAAGCCGAUUAAACCUGAUCUGCUUGAACCGGUGACCGAAGAACUCGGGUCCGGACAACAGAGCGACAUUCCGAACAGCUUACACGACAGUGCCGAUGAUGAGAGCGAGCUCAGCGAAAUCGAUGACGAGAAACUAUCCAAGCUGACGACCGAACGCAAGCUACUGUUCCCGAACCUUGAUGAUCGGGGGUCAAUGGACCCCGAGUCGGAAGUAGAAGGGACACACGAAAUGGCAGGUGAUAUGGAAGAAGAAGGGGAUCGAGAGGGCGACACUGAGCUGAUCGAAGGCGAAGGCGAGACCAUGGUCGAAGAGGCCGAAGACGUUGCAGAUGGUGAGGACGAUGACCUGGAAGGCGAGGAUGAGAAUGAAGCUGGUGGUGACGAAGAGAUGGAGGGCGAGGGCGAGGGUGAAGGCGAAGGUGACGAUGAGGGCGAGGGAGACCUAGAAGACGAUGGCGAAGGAAAUGACACCGUCGAGAUGGAAGGACUACCGGAUGGCGAAGACGGUGAGGGUGACGAAAACGACGACGAUGUCGACGAUGAUGCCGAGCAGCCCGAGAUUCCGGGGACGGACCAGGAAAGCGACAAUGGCUCUGAACCGGAGCCAAUGGAAUCGUAGACGAGCCUUGCCUACUGUGCGAUGGAUCAUUAAAUCCGGUCAGCUGGCUGGGCUGGGUAUUAACCAAUACCAUGUUCGAGAUGACAUGCUUUCGAAUUUUGUGUUAGGGGCAAUGUGGUGAUGUUGUUCGGGAUGUAAGCAAACGGCAGGCGUUUCGGGAAUACUUGCGUCUGGGCUUUUGUAAGGCGGAUGCAAGUGUGAAUCAUGCAUGUACCAUAGAAAUUAUUAUUAUUAUCAACAUGAAGUAAUGGUAUCCCCGGAAUAAUCAG